CCUCAGUUUUGACAGAACAUUCGCAGAAACAGAACGCAGAAAAGUUUUUUUUUUUUGGUUGCAUUGUUUGGCUGUGGAAAUCUACUGAAAUUUGGACGAUUAUUUUAUUUGUUCGCACCAAAGCGUCGCAGUUUUUGUAACAUUCCUCAUCAUUUUAAAACGAUAAAUAGCAUAAUGUCGGACCUAAAAUCGGAAAUUAGCAGCGAUAUCGAUCAAAACUACUCUAUCAAUACAGCUGACCCGAAAAAUGUACAAGAAUUAACUAUUUAUGUGCAAACAUUGCUGCAAAAUGUACAGGAUAAAUUCCAAUCGAUGUCGGAUCAAGUAAUUUCACGUAUUGAUGACAUGUCAAAUCGAAUUGAUGACCUGGAAAAAAGUAUUGGCGAUCUUAUGACACAGGCUGGCGUUGAGGCACCAAUCGGCAAAGAGCCAUAAUCACUCGAUGUGGGCACUCUAUCUCAUCAACCACCACCACCACCAU